GUGGAAGAAGCAAGUGUUUCCUCUGGGCUUGCUUGCUGCUAGGUUUAGCAGCAAUAUUCUGCCCAUAUAUCUUUUUAAGUUUGACGCCUAACUAACAGGCGUUCACUUAUCUCGCGUAAAAAUUAAUUUCCCGCAUGUUAACAUUGCAAACUAGCUCGCGGGGUGAACGUAACCUUGUCUGAAAAGCAUCUUUGAACAUAAUUGGAACACGAAAUUACGAUGCCAUCCCCGAUGGAGGGAUCUUCCAGAGAAGGUGACCUCUUUACUGUGAAACAUGAGCUGAAAAAUGCCAAUCUGACGGGCCAUGUAGAGAGGGUGGGCAUUGAAAACUUUGAGCUAUUAAAGGUGCUGGGCACAGGAGCGUACGGCAAGGUGUUCCUGGUGAGAAAAGUGAGUGGCCAUGAUACAGGGAAGCUGUAUGCCAUGAAGGUUUUGAAGAAGGCCACCAUUGUACAAAAGGCAAAGACUGCCGAACACACACGGACGGAGCGGCAAGUGCUGGAGCACAUCCGCCAGUCUCCAUUCCUCGUCACACUUCACUAUGCCUUCCAGACGGAUACUAAGCUGCACCUCAUUCUCGAUUAUGUAAAUGGUGGGGAGCUCUUCACACAUUUGGUGCAAAGGGUGCGAUUUAAAGAGCAAGAAGUAGCCUUGUACAGUGGAGAGAUUGUGUUGGCACUAGAACAUCUACACAAGCUUGGGAUUGUCUACAGGGACCUGAAACUUGAGAAUAUUCUGCUGGAUUCAAGUGGUCAUAUAGUUCUCACAGACUUUGGCCUCAGUAAAGAAUUCGAUCAGGUGGAAAGGGCGUUUUCUGUCUGUGGCACCAUUGAAUAUAUGGCUCCAGAAAUCGUGGAAGGAGGAGAGUCUGGACAUGACAAGGCGGUGGACUGGUGGAGCCUCGGCGUGUUGAUGUACGAGCUUUUGACUGGCGGAUCACCCUUCACCGUCGAUGGAGAUGAGAACUCGCACACAGACAUUGCCAAGAGGAUUUCAAAAAAGGAUCCUCCUUUCCCCAAAGACAUGGGACCUCUGGCCAAAGACCUCAUCCAGCGACUCCUCAUCAAAGAUCCAAAGAAGAGAUUGGGCUCAGGUCCUAACGGAGCAGAGAAUGUAAAAAAACACCCAUUUUACCAGAAAAUAAACUGGGAGGACUUGGCAGCUAAAAAGGUGCAUGCCCCGUUCAAGCCAGUGAUUCGGGACGAGCUGGACGUCAGCAACUUUGCAGAGGAGUUCACAGAGAUGGAUCCCACAUACUCCCCCGCAGCUCUGCCUCAGAACUGUGACCGCAUCUUCCAGGGCUACUCUUUCAUGGCCCCCUCCAUCCUGUUCAAGAGGAAUGUGGUGAUGGACGACCCUGUCCAGCUGUGUGGGGGCUCUGAGAGGCCGGGCUCUGCUGCGGUGGCCCGCAGCGCCAUGAUGAAGGACUCACCUUUCUACACGAGUUACGAGAUGGACCUGAAGGACAGUGCUUUAGGAGAGGGAAGCUUCUCCAUCUGCAGACGGUGCACACACAAGAAGACCGGACAGAAAUACGCAGUCAAGAUUGUCAGCAAGAGGAUGGAGGCACAGACUCAGCGGGAAAUAGCAGCCCUGAAGCUCUGUGAUGGCCACCCUAACAUUGUCAAGUUACAUGAAAUUUACCACGACCAGCUCCACACGUACCUGGUUCUGGAGCUGCUCGGUGGAGGCGAGCUGCUAGAGAGGAUCCGCAGAAAGCAGCAUUUCAGCGAAACAGAGGCCAGCCGCAUCAUGCGAAAACUGGUGUCGGCUGUCAGCCACAUGCACGACGUAGGAGUGGUGCACAGGGACCUUAAACCGGAGAACCUGCUCUUCACAGACGAGAGUGAGAACUCCGAGAUAAAAAUCAUAGACUUUGGCUUUGCUCGCCUCAAACCACCAGACAAUCAGCUCCUGAAGACUCCCUGCUUCACCCUGCAGUACGCUGCGCCAGAGAUACUCAAGUACGACGGCUACGACGAGUCCUGUGACCUGUGGAGUCUGGGGGUCAUUCUGUACACCAUGCUGUCUGGCCAGGUGCCUUUCCAGUGUCAGGAGAAGAGUCUGACCCACACCAGUGCUGAGGAGAUAAUGAAGAAAAUCAAACAGGGAGACUUCUCUUUUGAAGGCGAGGCCUGGAGGAAUGUGUCCCAGCAGGCCAAGGACCUGAUUCAAGAGCUGCUGACGGUCGACCCAAACAAGAGGAUUAAGAUGUGCGGCCUGCGUUACAAUGCCUGGCUCCAGGACGACAGCCAGCUGUCCUCAAACCCGCUCAUGACCCCGGACAUUCUCGGCUCCUCCACUGCCUCUGUCCACACUUACGUCAAAGCUACCUUUAAUGCAUUUAACAAAUGUAAGCGGGAAGGUUUCCGCCUGCAGACGGUGGACAAAGCCCCACUAGCCAAGAGGAGGAAGAUGAAAAAGACAAGUACCAGCACAGAGACCCGCAGCAGUUCCAGUGAGAGCACCCAUUCCUCUUCCUCCUCCUCCCAGUCUCAGGAGAAGAAUUUUCCAGAGGGCCACAUCAAGCCGCAGCCCUCUAACAGCACGCCUCUCACCACGCCCGUCAACACACCCGGGGCCCUGGGAACGGACUCUGAGCACCAACCAGCGCAUCCAGCCUUUCAUUUCUCAGAAGGACAGUGAGACAGCGAGAGGAAAAAGGGAGAUUCAGACAGUUUUGUGACCCGCAGGAUGGCUCGGACCAGCGUAGAGACAGCUCUCUUCUUUUUCUCUCCGUCCCUGGCAGCUCUCUGCUUCUGGCUCAAUUGCAUGGACGUCCGCACGUCUCCAAAAACCAAGCAUGCAGCAGGAGCAGCAACCGUCACCUCAAUAUCAAUCAAUCAAUCAUCACUAGCAAUACCCUAUCCCUUUUCCUUCUCUGUCACUUUCACACACACACAGACUGUGUCAAUCAGGGACUGGACCAGGAAGAAGCUGUCACCAGUGUCCAAAAUGAAAAGGGCUGCCCUACUGCCCCAGGUCCAGACAGACAAUGGAGAGUCAUCUUCAGUGUCGUCAUAAGAUGGCCACUCUCUCUGUCCGCUCCAUUUACCUGUCUUUGUCCAUGCCUCCAGAGGUUUUAAAGGGAAAGUCAUAGUGUUUACAUCAUGGAUGCUUUGUAUUUUUGUGUCAAAGGGAGAGAAGAAGCGUAACGUAACGUGGGUCCACUUCUCUUCUCUGGGAAGUCUCUGCAAGAUGGAGCAGGAUAUUUAUAUGUGAAUUUUACAGACUGAGAUUUAUUUAUGAUAAGCUAUAUUGUUAACUUAUUUAUGGUUUAGACUGAUCUGAGAGGAAAUAAUGGAUACAGUAAGUCUUUAAAAAAAAGACAUUUUGUGUACGUGUGUAUGUUUUUCCCUAUCAGCUCAAAAGACUGUUUUCAUGUCGUCAGAUGGUUGUUUAUUCAUCUUUGUAAUCAUCAUAGUAGGUUAUUGAGACACAGUUAUAUAGACAUUGUAAGACUAUUAUAGGCAAGAAGAGAUUAACACCAUUAGCUGCCGGUUGAUGGUUGUCAAAGUUACAUAACCAAAGUCCCUUUGGACUUGGAAAAGUUAUUUAUUGAGGCGGGUGAAUUUUGAGAUUGAACUGCAGCUGUGUCCAGUGGUCAAAAAAAGUACUAUCCUUGUUUAUAAGGAUAAAAGAAGCAAAUGUGUAAACAUCUUUUUAUAGGAACAACCAAAUGUGGAUGUCGUAUGUUCAGCCAAAUCUGUGGUUUCAUUGUUGUAUGGGGAGUACUGCUGCCCGAGGGGACAUGACCCUACAAGAAGAGCUAUAUUUAGACGCAUUUUUUGCCUCUGAUGUGGGAGCAUGACUACUUCAAGGCUCAGCAUCGCUGCUGUUCCACAUGGUCUGAUCCUUCAAGCCAGUAUUAAGCCCAGCAGUGGAUUUGCCUUGUGUGGUAGUGGACUUAAUUGUCUCAUUAUCACCACAACCAAUUGGACUGAGCCGAUCGCCCCAAACGGAAAGUUCCAAUCAGCUUAGAGCGACGUGAAUUCGUCGAGGAAUUGGAGGUUGAGUUUUCUGAGAUGCAAGAUGCCAAAGGGCAGCUCAGUCCUUUUCAGAUGACUAAAUUUGAAAAUGGAAACAUUUACGUGCCAAAAAAAUGCUAUUAAAUCAGGUAACGGACAGGUUUGAGUCUGAGUUGGGGGGCGGUGAUACAUUCGGACAUUUUAGUUUCCUUUGUGUCGCCGCCCAAAGAUUUAAAACUACUGCAAAAUAUCUUCCCUUUACGAGAACAUCAAGUCCCUGAGGACAGACCUCAAACCAACACUCCUUUUAUUUUUGACACCAUCCCUUGCUCUAUUUACCAUGUUGUACUGCAUGACUGAAAUGGUGAUCUUUGCACUGUGUGACAGCUCUCUCACUUUGAGGCAGAUAUCUGGUUAGUAUUAAGUCCCCAGUGCAUGGUGUAAACUCAAACAUCACCCUCUUGUUUUCUUUGUUUGUUUUUUGGCACUUGAUUUAAUGUGAGUUUGUUUACUUGCACAUUUGAAUAUCCUCGAUUUAAUUCGAGACUUUGAAGUUUUACUGUUUGUGGUGUUUGGACGUAAACACCAAAAACCCCUUUUUACAAUAGCCUGAAUAUUGUAAUGUCCCGAUGUUACAAUAACUGAUGUUAGCCAGGAUAGUUAGGCAAGUCAAUGCCGUGCUCUGUUAAUUGUUUUUUGCAAGUAUGUGUUAGUCUGUUUCCAUGGUAAUAGUUGAAAUACUGUAUUCUGUUGAUAUGUACAGGGGUAUUUGUGUUCAGUGUGUGAAGCUGCUCUGAAGCAGUUUCUCCUGCUCAGUCAGGAUACAAAUUCUUAGUUGGACGACUGUGUGCAUUUAAACACACUCCCUCAUCUUCUUCCAUUUUAAUGCACUCUGAAUCUGAACCAAAGCAUUAACUUCAAGGUAGCUGCUCUAAGCUGCAUGAGAUCUUUCCUUUCAUGCAAAUAUGCAAAGAAAUGCUUCAUAUAUAUCACGGUUUCUGUUUGUUUUGUCCAACUAGUGAAAUAUGUUUGAUGUUUCUAGCUCAUUUUGUAACAGUGUGUUACUUCAGAUUCUUUAUGGGAUCUAUAAUAUCCAUAUCCAGCCCAUUAUCAUGCUUAAAACUAUGCAUCUCUUUUUCGCUGUUGUGUCGCUUUUGCCAUUUCAAAAAAAAGGCCUCGCCAAAUGGGUCCACACAUCAUGCUUAAAAGGGCGUAACGUAAUGUACAUAUACUGUACCUUUACCCUCAUAGCAUCAGGCGCAAUAGGACUAGCAAAGUAGAAUCCAUCGCCCGUAUGAAAAGCUGGAAUCCUUGGAGCUGAACACUACAAAGCUCUUGUCUAACUUAGUUCGCAUGAGUUCCCCGUUGCUGCCUCAUUAAGCCUCUUUUCUUUUGUUUGGGUGUAUUAAUAGCUCAAGUGGAGGAAGAGGAAAAGUGUCCUAUAUUGAGCUCCCCUCUGGGAGCCAGGCUCUAUUAGCUGAUGUGCUGCAGUGCUGUUUGUUCCAAAGAAAAUACCAUACUCCACACACUGCCUCUGUGGGACCCAGCUCACUUUUCUUUGUAAGGAAAAUAACAGUGUAUCACAGGAAAGGGUUGGUUUAGUACCAGUGUCUCUCGGGGGCAGAUUUUUAAAACUAGGUUUCCCCCCUUUGAUGAACAACUUGUUCAGUGUGCCACUAUGAGGAAGAGACGAGGACGGGAGGGAGGCCAGUUUUGAUUUGACGUCCUUUUGUCUUUGAUAUAUUUUUGUUUAUUGGUUCCCUGGAAUCUGAAUCAGAGUUCCUUUUCUGUGUUGUUUCUUCCUGAGUUAAGGUUGAAAACAACCCGCAUCAUAAGCUAGAACUUUGUACCUUUUUGCAAUGUUUAAUGAGAGGGCUGGUAGUUUGAACUGGUUUGUAUAGACUGCUGUUGUACAUUUUAGAGUCAAAGGAUUGGACUGUGGAUGUUUCUGUGUGCUCCUGUCAGUGAAGUCAUGUGCGUGCUUUAAAGACACAUGUGGGUGCCAAAGCUGAAAGUGACAUCUUGCACUGAAUGCACGGCUUCUCAUGUAGGUGCUUGCGUGCAUGUGUUGUCUCUGGAAGUGAUGUUUUAUAAGGUAGUGCAGCUUUUAUUUGGGUCGGAGUAUGGAGCUGUCCCUGGUGCUGAGGUGACCAAACCUUUGGUGGUGCUGCAAAAACAAGAAGCUUUCCACAGUGAUCCAUGAUAGUGUGAUCCUGUAAAGCAGUGAUUCCCAACCAGGAGUAUUCAUACCGCAAGGGUUACUUGUGCAGUUGGCACUUGGCAGGUGGUACCUAGAUGAUUUUAAGAACUAGAACUUUUUGCUAAGGAGGAAAACGAUUACACAAAUAUGAUUAAAAUUGGAUUGAGGCUGAUCUUAAAGGGGAACCCCACCGAUUUUAUGCAAAGUCUGUUAAAAAUAAAGUUAAAAGUUACACAAAUCCUUUUAUGGCAAAAUCUGACACAGUACUUCAAGUGAUGUCACCUCAGCACAUCAGCGUUGGUUGGGGCUGAAGACUUCAAGUGUGAGAAAGAAAACAAUCUGGUGGUGUGGAAACAGAAACAGGAGUGUUUACCAGACCAGAAACGAUAUCCAGUUUUGUAUAACUAAAGGGAUAAUUAUGAAUUUUGUAGUGGGGCUGUAUGAGGUACUUAUCCAUAGUCAGUGUAUUACCUACAGUAGAUGGCAGUCAGCACGCCCCCAGUUUGGAGAAGCAGGCAGGAGUACCAACGCAGAAGCUAAGCAAUGUACUGCUGUGGACGAGGGCAGCAGCAAAACAAAUUUUAGCCACCUAAAAAACAUAUAUGUAUCAGUUUUAGUGUACACUAUACUUAGAAUAUCUUAACCUCUUUACCAUAGACUGUACAUAAAGAUGGGAGAUUGGGGAAGCAGGGAAGCUAAAAUAUCCAAGAUACAGCCACUUCCAUCUUGGUCUGGUGACCUCACUGGGAGAGUCUGCGCAAUAGCAAUUUCCACCAACAUGGAGAGGGUGUGCUUUAUGACCUAUACUGCAGCCAGCCAGCAGGGGGUGAUUGAGACUAUUGGGGAGCUGUCAUGUCUUCCAUCUUUAUAUACAGUCCGUGCUCUUUACCUUAACUCAGACAGCCCUUUCCAGCUGGAGACUGAAGUCAUUAUCUGUGCUCUAUUCAAAGCCAGAUUCCAUUGACAAAAACAGUAAUUUUACCUCGCAGAACACAGGAGCUGCUGGUCUAAUUCUGCCUUGUUUGUGUUAUUGUGUGGCCUCACUGUUUUAAAGAGGCAGUUCGGAUUCACUAAAGUUGCACAAUUAAACAAAGUAACAGACUAAGGCAGCGGUAGACCAGCAGCUCCUGUGGUCUGCGAGAUAAAAUUACUGUUUUAAUCAGUGGAGUCUGGUGGCUUUGAAGAGAGUGAUAUCAUGGCUUCAGUUCCCCGUUGAAAAGGGCUGUCUGACAUCAAGGUGAAGAUAUAAAUAUAGCGAAAACGUAAACUGAUGUAUAUAUUGAUAUGUUUGUAAAUAUAUUGUAGAAAAAAUAAUAAUUUUUUUCAUUGUUGUUGUAGGUGGCUAAAAUUCAAUUUGCUGCUGCCCUCAUCCACAGCAGUACAUUGCUCAGCUGGCAUGUCAGUACUCCUGCCUGCUUCUCCAAACUGAGGGCGUGCCGACCGCCAUCUGCUGUAGGUAACACACUGACUAUGGACAAGUACCUUUAUACAACAUCACUUGAUAAAAAUCUUAACUGUCCCUUUAAUAAUCAGUAACAUCCAAGUUCAUAUAAACCUAAAUAUAUACUGUGAUGUCAUGAGAGGUCACUGGGGCAAUUAAACUGGGAAACAGGCAAAAUAUCAGGUCCAAACAAGAUGGAGUUUAAUUUUCCAAAAUACGGAUUAUAAACAGGUACCUCAGGUGUCCCCUUAAGAUGCCACAAUACAAAUGUACAGUGAGGUAAUUUCAGACAAAAAAUGUUGUGAGCCACUGCUUUAAAGGGUCAGUUUCACUUUAAUUAUAAAAAAGAAAAACCUGCUGUUGGCAGUUUUAACAGGAACUUUUCUCUGGGAGAAAGUAGUUUCAAUUAAAAACAGGUUCACAGUGUGGUAUGUGGGUCAUCCAAAGUAGCUGUGACAUUGUUUCUAGAAAUAGGAGCUGCAGUUUUUAAAUGCUGAGAACAUCACAAACACUGAUAUCUCACAACCUGACCACAUAAAACCAGAGUCAGAUACCACUUUAAAAAAACAACAACAGUGUUUUGGGGGGAAAUUUCUUUGAACUAACCCUUUAAUGAUCCUACAGGGGAAGUUAUUUUCUCUUACCCUUCCAGAGAGGUCAAAGCACAUGGUCAGUCUCAGACAGGCACUGUUGUGUUGCUCAAAAACCCGUCAGUAGCGACGUCUGGACUCCAACAUGUGUCUUUGAUUUAUUUGGUUCACUCAGCCCAGCGUUGCUCGACUGUUGAGAGAUGAUGAGACGGUUUUUAUGAGGGAUACAUUGAUGCUUCUUGUGCACAUGUAAGAGAUGUCAGUCAGUGCUUAAGCCAACCUGCCACUUUAAGUAUCAUCAUCAUCCUCUUCGUCACCUCAUGCAUGUGCUACUGCUUUGACUCCUGUCAGUAUUUUCCAUUGAUCCUCGUCACAGUCGUGUCAUAUCGUCACUGAAGCGUGUCACAAAGUACUGUAGCAGUGAUUCCCUUUGAGAUUGGUCAAUAUUAAACUGUUUUAAAAAAAACACGCAAUCAAGCUUUAAAGGCAAAACUUUGCACUUUGUAUGUUAUUUUAAUCAUGCUAUUGAUUUGUUUUUGUACAAAAAAAAAAAGAAAAAUUGUGCAGGUUCAGAUGUUCAGCUCAUCCAUCCGUCUGUUUCUGACUUCUGAGACGAUACUAUGAUAUAAACCUCAACACCGAAUACUACUUGUACUGCAAGGAUACACCAUGUGCAUACCUGCUUUUUUAGGGCACUGUGAACAUCAUCAUUCAGGUCUUCAGGCACACCGUGGAUAUUCUGAGGAAAAUUUGCUUCAAUAAAUGCUUUACUUAGUGGCUGAAUACAUCUGUACAUUUAAUAACCUGACACUAGUCAUGACGAGUCUUUUAAUAGAUCUUUGGCUUCAUUGUAUUUUCAAGUGUAUUACUGAAGAUAUUUUGUGAUACCAGGAUUUCUGUGUUGUCAGAGGGACAAUAAAUGUACGAUGUCCUGUUCAUGUAUCGAUCUCGACUUAUAAAUUAGGUACUUUUUUAUAUUUAAAAAAAAAAAAAGGAAUUCAGAUUAACAGAUUAAAAAGGCCUGUUAGGAGACAUGGAGACUUUAUUUUAGCGGGCAGCCUCUAGAUGGCAGUGUUUAAUAAAGCACCACUGGCUGAGUGGUUUCCUGUGCAGCAUGAGCUCCACUCAGCCUUUAAGAUUUAUCCAUAGAUGAGUCCAAUAUAAGAUUGUGUUAAAUACGCUUCAAAACUAAAAUAUAAUUUUUCAUGUUGUCUAGCAGGACUAGAGAUUUCUGACUAUGUACCGGGUCGAUUAAAUGCAUAUUUAUAACCAAAAUAAGAUCUGUGUCUUAAAAAGUGAACUGUAAGUACUGUAAAUGUCCAGUUCUAUUAUUUUUGUGCUCUGAUUAAAAUAGUUACAUGCGUCGGACCUGACUAAAGGUUUCCAGUCUCUUUUAAGAGGUCGCUUUAAGAUGCACCCAGAUGACAAACAUACUAGUGUCUAAAGAGGAGCUGAUUGAACUCUGAUAAGGGGAUUAUUAAUCGUGUGUAAAGUAGUGAUAACUGAGUAAUGUUUGUGUUUGCAUAUUUUUGCCUGUUUAGUGUCAUUUUUGUGAAGAAAUGUUCAUUUUAGACGUUAAGGGCUUCAUAGGGUCUUUGAAUCCUUUCAGAAAAUAUUGAACUGUUUGUCAUGUUGCAAUAAAAAAAUUCAAAUAUUACAAAUCUU